UGGUAGUUGGGUGUCAGGGAGCACUCGAGCAGCCAUUAUCAGUCCUACAAUUACCAAGCAGUCCAAGGUCUGUUCUAUCGUGUUUUUCUACUUCCUGAGGAAAUUUCAAGGGGAAGUUAGAUUAUCGCUCUUCAUACAGACAGGAACAUAUCCUACCUUCAAACAGAAGUUAUUAUGGGAAGCAAGUGAUCUGUACGUAAUGAGUUGGAGGAAAAUUGCUUUAGACCUUCCUAGUGGUAUUGACGAGUACAGACUUUUAUUCGAGGGGGAAUGUAAUAUCUCGUCACCUUACUACUACAGAAACUACGUGAUGAUGGACAACGUAGAACUACGGAGCUGCUCGCACGACAAAGGAGAGCACCGCAUAUAUAACAGCUUUUUCAUGAACAACAAUCGUCAGGCAAUAGAAUACACCUCAGUUGCUGAUGGAAGCGACAGACGACCUCCUUUUACCUUCGAACGAUGUAAAAUAACCCAAGCGCCUUCCUCUCAUUCCAACGUACCCCAACAGAGUGCUGUCUCCUUAAAAAUCCAGGAAAAUAAUUUCACGCUCGCCAAUAACUUCAUCUCUGGUAAUCGCUUAGGCGGAAUAAAAGCGCAAUUAGGACAGAGUGAUGGAACAAGUUUAUACCGAGGCUUGAUUUACGGCAACACGUUUACUAAUAAUGCGAAUGGAACUAUAAUGGUCAGUGAUGGGAAUGAACUGAAACAAAGCAGGAGUUUCGUGUACAUCGUUAACAACUUAUUUGGUGGUAACACAGGCGAAAAUAGCACUCUUAAACUUCGUGAUAUACAAAGCGAGGUCACUGACAAUUUUUUCUAUAACAACUCUGGACUGCACUCAAUCGAAUACAACUUUUCCAGUCCUAUGCCUGAAGAACAGACAUGCGCGCGAAACACAUUGUACUUGAACAAAGGCCUUGGAAAAAAUCAUGUUGCAACGAUCUCAUCGAAUGGUCCAAUGAAAUACCAAAGGAAUAGUUUAAAGAAUCCGGCAAAUCUUUACGAGUUACGCUCAACAAGAAAAGCAGUUACUGAUCCAAUUAAUGCAAAACUGAACUGGUGGGGAUUUGGCACAGAUUCUUCGGUUGAUUUGCGAAUUUACGAGAAAAGAGAUGAUUACAGACUAGCAACUGUGGAAUAUAAACCUUUUAUGAAGUUUCCACCAAAAAAGAUUUUAUCCAUUGGUUGUCCAGCUGACUGGCUAAGCUUGGGCUCAGCUUGUUAUGCUCUAAGAAGAGGAAGUAGGACGCUACAGGAAGCUGAGGAAUACUGUCAGCAUUAUGGAGGACAUGUGGCAUCCACUUCUUUACCUGACGAUAUGGAAUUUAUCAACAUGGCGACGCAGGCAAAGAGACCAGAUGGGAAACCUCCUGUACCAAUUUGGGUCGCAACCCACGUCAAUCCGGAGGCAAAGAAUAGCAGUGUACAGAAGAGGCAGCAGUGUACCGUCAGGACACACGACAGAAUUCAGAAAGUUGUGUCCUGUGACAGUCUUUAUCCUUUUGUCUGCACCAAAACGGCCGUUAUCCGAUGUCCAAACGGCUGUUUCCACAAAGGUGACUGUGUCGUUGCUACCUGUUUCUGCUACCGAGGGUGGACAGGACAAGACUGUUCACAGUAUCACUGUAAUGACGUGCACAACUGUUCAGGCAACGGAGAAUGUUUGGGACCAAACAUUUGCAAGUGUAAACCAGGAUUUCUUGGUCGAGCCUGUUCCUACUCCUACUGCGCCAGGUUUCAGCGAUGUUCGACUUGCUCCCAAGACCCUGCGUGUGGAUGGUGCGACAGCGCACAGCAGUGCAUGCCGGGAACUGCUUUAGGACCAUAUGCUCAGCAGUGUCCAGACUGGUUCUGGUACACCUGUUAUACUGUUGGCAGUGUCAACCACUGCUCGAGCAAAAUACAGAGAGUAGGCUGUAUCGCCAGACAGUGCAACGCUACUCAAGAGACAACUAGUUCAGUGUCCUGCCAGAAGUGCAAAGAUCUCGAAAAGUGCUACAACUAUGUGGAAGAAGGCAAAUGUAGGUCAUGGAAUGAAACCCGUUGUCCCCAUGGCUUAGUCAAAGUAGAUUACACUGAUCCAAAGCGAAUCAACAACACUGUGUUACGAAGCAAUGUUAAGGUAAUUGAUCCCAACACCACAAUCAUCUACAGCUGUCCCGUCCUCCUACCUGGUCGUACCGAUGUUACAUCGGUGCUCAUUUUGCCUAGGAGUCUGGGUAUCAAAGCCGGUGACUUGUUAUCUAGCGCGCAGGCAGGCGGGGUGAUGCAUACAGUUAAUGAGACUACAUUUGCAGGGCCUUUCACAAUAAUACUGGGUACACCUUCUCAGAUUGAGGACGUGAUUCAGUACGCGGAUUUCACCCAAAAAGUUUCUCUUGUUGAGAUAGUUGAUGAAACAACUUUGGAUGAAGAACCCAACAUGGAUAACUUACAAGGCCUUUUGAAUGGGAGUAUCACGCUGAACGGUUCAGCAGCUCUUCAUGUUUUACCAAAAGAAACUACAGUAUUCAAGUGCGUGGGGCAUAUUUACAAAGUAAAUGAAGAGUUCAUAUCCUCUCAGUUUCUUGUGAUCAACAAAAAAGAUGCUUUUAAUGUUAAGCCCGGUGAUGUGGUAGUCUCUGAACAGAGUCAUGGGUUCAUCGAGAAGGUGGUUAGAGUCAGUCAGAUUUCUGAUAUGACAUUCGUAGAAACAGAGCUCGAACGGUGUACAGAGAAUUCUACUUGGGGACGAAGAUUCAAUCCCCGUAUUCCCAACUCGCCGUCCGACAAUGACGUGGUCUGUACGGGUGGUGACAACAGCUAUGGUUUAAUUAUAACUGAACCAGACCCCAAUCAUCAACAGAUGGCAGUGAAUGAUUCUGUCGUAGGAAGAACCAGUAAUCCCAUCCUUGCAAAGGUAGUCGAAUCUCAUUUGUCCGGAGAUUUCAUGCUGAUAGAAGUCCUUCCUGUUCUGUCCGUUGUGAAUGGUACCCCUGUUACCAUGACAUCACUUAACCAACUCCUUAAAGAACAGAGGAGACAUAAAAGAGACAUUGCAAGGAAGACGUUACAGUUCAGGAAGAGCCACCUAACAGAAGAGAAGUUAAGGCUUGGCAAAGACCUGUACAUAAGUGUCAAACAGAAGUUCAGACUGUAUGCAGACUUUAUCGUCACUAUGGGUGUGCUCACCGACCGAAAUGAAGAAGGUCAGGUAAUCAUCAAAGACGGUUUGUUCGGUCUAGAAAUGGUUGGAGAAGUGAUCUACAAUGUUGAUUUGGAGAUUGGAGGCGAAUGGAGUGGCAUGAUAAGGUUUCCUAUUCUUCGUCCUGUUCAAUUCGGACCAAAUUUUUGCAUUCCGGUAGGGGUCGUUUGUAUCCCCUGUGCUUUCUUUCUCCAAGCAGACAUCGAAGCCUCAAUCAAAAUCGCGGGAAAGGUACAUCUCCCUUUAUCACUGGAAACUUCAGUUCAGUUGGGAAUGGGAGGAUCCUGUUCAAGGCGUGGAGGCUGUCAACGCAUUCAACCUCGUUUUAACUUCAAACGUCGCCUCGAAAGUGGCCCCAUCAAAGCUGAAGCCGAAGUAUUUGCAGAGACCAUUUUCAUCCCCAAAGUGACAUUGAGAAUCCCUUCUCUGCCGAGAUUUUUAAGGAAUCUGGUGAAUAGAUUUACCAAUCGAUGGAUAAAAUUAUUUCCGAAGUAUCCUGGUUACGGUCGAAAUUCAAGAGGACGAGAUUUCGCAAUUCUUCGUCUUAGCGUCGAGCUUCCCGUAAGCCUCAAUGCUCUCGUUAAACCCUGCAGCGAGAAGUGCAAGAACGAAAAACAAAGACCUCACGAACUCUCCCUCAGCUUCGGCUACUUGGAAAUUGUUGGACGAUUGACGAUUAAGAAGCACAAUUUGUUAGAGUUUCGCCGAACUUUGUCAGCUUCAGGAAUAGUAAAGCGGGCAUGUCUAACGUGUUUCACUUCAAAGCCUACCUGUGGAUGCCCAACAAUUCCACCACAGACAGCAAAACAAAGAACAACAAGAACAAGACCAACGACAAGAAGAACAAAUGAGUUGAAAACAGUAGCUACCACCGGAAGUGGUACUCCAUACACCGGAAUUACGACUGUUCCGACUACAACUCCACCCCCAACCACACCUCCACCGUGUGAAUGCGCUAAUGGCGGGGCAGGAAUUAUUGAUCGUGGAGGGAACUGUGAUUGCCCGCCAGAGUGUCCAAAUGGAAAGAAUCCGGUCAUUGUGAAUAACCGUUACAAAUGCCCAGUUCAUCCACCGUGCGGUGAACACCCGAGCUGUGUUAUGGGAAGGAUAGGACCCGGAUGCACUCAAGCAGAUGUUCAACCUUGUUCAGCUGGGUGUUCUGGUAAUGGAGUGGCAAUUUCUACGCCAGACUGCGGAUCACGGUGUGUAUGUUGGGUCAGAUGGACUGGACCUUGCUGCGAAACGAGGCUACCUUUGAGGAAUUGGGGUGAUCCUCAUAUUGAGACAUUAGAUGGUAUCGAGUUUGACUACUUCGGUAUUGGUGAAUUCUGGGGAUGUAAAAGUCCCCUUAAUGACUUCGGAAUUCAAUUCCGCUACUUUGCUUACCAGAGAGCGUCACUGACUGGGGGAGUGGCCAUAAAAGCGGGGCUUAGCGUGUUGUCAAUCAUGACCGUCAUAACCAGUGACUCCAGAGAAUUUCCAAAACUAAGACUGGAUGGGAUAUUAGUUAACAUAUCAGCUCAAGCUGGACAGAAAAUGAAGAUUAGCUAUGGGACUGUCGUGAUGGAUAUUCAAAGGAAGCUUAAGGCGGAAUCCAAUGAAACUGCAGUUGUACUUAUAUCCUUACAAUAUGAGUCAGUUUUGAACGCUUACUCAAAACCGUCUUCAUUUAACGGCGGAGAGAUCACAAAGUUCCUCUCCGAAGAGCAAAAUGAAAAUGUGGUUAUCCUUGUUCAAGUUCAUCGAUGGAAGACGAAUUUGAUCAUUUAG